CCCACCCCACCACCCACCCACCCACCUUUACCCACCCCCCUUUUCCUUUACCUUCCCUCGGGCCGUCAUCUCUCCUUUCUCUCAUUCCUCCUUCCUCCUUCACCUCUUCUCUCUCUCUCUCUUUUCUUUCUUUUGGCUCGGAGUCUGGCCACGACGACGACCAUGGCGGCCAACAACACCAACCCGCCAGUCCUCAACCCCGGCGUCUGGCACGAAGACGAGCUCGAGCGCCCCUCGUCGGUCGUUAGCAGCGGGUCCUUCACUGGCCAGCCAGAGUACCGUGACUCGAACUAUCUCGGUGCCCACGGCGACGGCCCGGCCCCCUCCAUCAUCUCGCGCGACUCGACCUAUGGCUCGCUCGCCGCCCCCUCCAUCGCAGGCUCCGCCAGCGGUAUCCGUUCCUCGUGGGGAAGCAGCAACGCCCUUGCCGCACACGAGCAGGGCCCGGCUGGCUUUGACCCUGGACACAAGCCUCGUGUUCAGUCACACCUGGCCCAGGCCUACACUUCGCCUUUCCCAGAGGAUGAGGAGCGUGUUGGCCACUAUGCACCCGCCGCUGCCGUCCCCACCACGGACAAGGAACAGCCCGUCUGGGCACAGGGGAACCAGCCCCAGCGCAAGAAGAAGAGCCGUGGUUGGCUCUGGGCUCUGGUCGCUCUCGCCCUGAUCGCGCUUAUCGCCCUCGCUGUUGGUCUCGGUGUCGGCCUCACUCGUAACAAGAAGAACAAUGCCGACAGUAGCAACGGCAAGGACCACGGCAACGGAAGCCAAGACCCCUCGCACACUGGCGCCGGUCACGGCGACGCCACUGGCACCAGCUCCGCCACGCCUUCUGCUAGCGCCACCCCUGAGCCUACUAGCGGUGGACAGGGCUCUGUCAUUCGCCUUGCUGAUGGCACCAACAUGACCUACCAGAACCCCUUUGGCGGCUACUGGUUCUUUGACCCCACCGACCCCUUCCGUAACGACGCCCGCUGCAACAACUGGACCCCUGCUCUCAAUGCUACCUGGCAGUGGGGUGUUGACAUCAUUCACGGUGUCAACCUCGGCGGCUGGCUCAACACUGAGCCCUUCAUCGUCCCCGGUCUCUACGAGAGGUACCCCAGCGGCCCUGCUGGCACCACUGUCGAUGAGUACACCCUUACCAUGAACAUGGGCAACAACGCGACCCGUGCGAUGACUGAGCACUACGACACGUUCAUUACCGAGCGCGACUUUGCUGAGAUUGCCACCUACGGCCUCAACUGGAUCCGUCUGCCCAUUGCUCACUGGGCCAUUUCCACUUGGGACAACGGACAGGAGCCCUACGUCAAGGGUGUGUCUUGGAACUAUGUUCUCAAGGCUAUCCAGUGGGCUCGCAAGUACGGACUCCGUAUCAACCUCGACCUCCACACCGUCCCCGGCUCGCAGAACGGCUGGAACCACUCGGGCAAGAUUGGCCUUGCCAACUGGCUCAACGGUCCCAUGGGUCUUGCCAACGCCCAGCGCUCGCUCGACUACAUGCGCUCCAUUGCCCAGUUCAUCACCCAGCCCGAGUACCUCCCCGUUAUUCAGCUCUACGGCUUCCUCAACGAGCCCAACGGACAGGUCCUCUCGCAGCAGCCGAUUGCGUCGUUCUACCUCGAGGCGUACACCCAGAUCCGCAAGGUCACCGGUAUCGGUGCCGGCAAGGGCCCCAUGCUUUCCAUGCACGACGCCUUUGUUGGUAUUGACAAGUGGUACGGCUUCCUCCCCGGUGCCGACCGUCUUGCUCUCGACCAGCACCCGUACCUCAUCUUCCAGGACCAGCCCGCUGGAUCGACUGGCCAGGGCGACUUUGCUCAGCUCGCUCCUCUUCCUUGCAACGCCUGGGCUGCCGGCACCAACAACACUUCGAACCAGUUCGGUGCCAACACUGCUGGCGAGUGGUCGGCUGCCAUCAACGACUGUGGCCAGUGGCUCAACGGUGUUGGCCUCGGCCAGCGUUACGACGGUACCUUUGCGGGCUACCAGGGCAAGGGCGUCGGCACUUGCGACUACUGGAACGACCACACUCAGUGGACUCAGGCCACCAAGGACGGUCUCAAGCAGUUUGUCAUGUCGUCCAUGGACUCUCUCCAGAACUACUUCUUCUGGACCUGGAAGAUUGGAAACUCGACCAGCGCGGUUCCCCAGCCCAACCCCAUGUGGCACUACCGUCUUGGUGUCAUGAACGGCUGGAUCCCCACCGACCCGCGUGAGGCUGUCGGCCAGUGCGCUCGUGUCGGCUUCAACGGCGGCUCGCCCUUCAACGGCCAGUUCCCCUCGGCUGCCAACACUGGUGGCCAGGGUGCCGGUGCUAUUCCCGCCGCCCAGACUGCCCAGAACCCCUGGCCUCCUGCCGGUUUCACCAACGUUCCCGCCGCCUCCAUCUCCAACCUCUUCCAGUACACUCCCACUGCCGCCCCCGUUACCCUCGCUGGUGCAACUUUCACCUACACCAGCGACGGCGCCGAGAAGACUACUGUCGGCGGCAGCGGCUGGGCCAACGCUCAGGACGACUCUCGCCAGGCCUUUACGGCGAUUGCCGGCUGUCAGUACAUGGGCGAGUACGACGCGGCCAACUCGCCCAUCCCCAACGGCGCCUGCGGUGCUGGUAAGCCUCAGCCUACCCGCCGCGACGACUACCGCCCUCGCCAGGCUGGCCCCGCGGUGCCAACUGCUGCCCCAUGAACAAUAUGGUACACCUCUUAGCAUUCAUCCAUCCCCCCCACGCUCGCUUUCAUGACCGCUUAAAGUGUAUACCAGUUUGUGUCCCCCAUGGCAUUGUUUUCGCAGAGACUCGCGCCCCCGCCUACCUACCACCAGAUCAUGUUAUAACGGUUUCCAUGGACACUUGACCGCGAUUGGAGAUCCCUAGUUAUUUAAAAAUGCAUCACAUGACAACUGUG